ACCAAUAUUAACGUAGUACGUCAGUGCGUAAGUGCCACUCGUCUCUCAGAGCGCACAGAGAGAACAGCUCCACGCUCUUCCACGUCUGCGAGGAACAUGUCCGCGUCAUUCAUUCUCUGUUUGUGGAUCGUGUCCGUUUGUCUGAGCCCUUUGGUCCGAGCUCAGACUCGUUUGAUCGGUGAGCCGCAGCCCGUGCUGGCGUCGACGGGCGAUGACGUCGUCCUCCCUUGCCGCUGCGACCCGCCCCUCAACCUGGCCCCGCUGACGGUGGAGUGGUCCCGCACCGAGCUCAAGCCGCACCCGUCCGACCCGCUCAAGAUCGUGCCGUUCGUCCACGUCUACACGGAAUGGCACGAGGACACCGACAUGAAAAUCCCGGAGUUUGUAAACCGGACGCAGCUUUUCCCCGAGCAGUUCCGGGAAGGCGUCGCGUCGCUGAGGAUCCGGAGAGUCGCGCUGUCGGACAACGGGACGUACAAGUGCUUCGUCCCGAAUCUGCGCAGGGAGGCCUUCGUCACGCUCAUCGUCCGUUCGCCGGAAGAAGUGUUUCUAAACGACACGGAAAACGAGACGAAACCUGAACUAGACAAUAUCGACCCCUUUCCAACGUCCGUCAGAUCUCGUCUAGCGAUCAUCAUCUCAUUCGUUCUUGUUAUCGGUGUUGUUGCUGUUGUUGUUUUUGUCGUUAUGAAAAAAAGAAUCUGCAAACGACAAAAGCGAGACGUCGAAUAUCAGCCUGAAAGCACAGAUCGGUCUGAGGACAGGCCGGAAGGACAAAACCUCCUGAAAACCGAACUUCCAGUAGACGACUCGAUGAAUGAAUCGAGAAAAGGUGGAUGACGUUUGGACUUUCUUCAUUUUAAACUCUGGACAUUUUUGUUUCGCCGUAACAUUUAGAAGCACAUUACUCUGCUCUGGAGAAAUAAGCAUGAAAAAAAAGGAAAACUAAACAAAACGAACCAAGCCGUAAAAGCUGCAGCUCAAAUUUGACUAUGAGAAAAAGUAUCACUGUGGUACAUGUUUUCAUGUUCUGAGUGAUGAGGCGAUAUCGUGAUUAUUAUCGUGACACGUCGGUCCACUGCACGAUUUAAUGAGAUCAGAUUGUUGCCAAAUCUGCGGCGUGAGGAGUUUAAAACCAAAGACGCAGAUGCACAAGGUCAGACGUGGAAAGACCAAAGAAUCCUGGGGCCUCAUUUAUAAAACUCGCUGAUGCAAAAAUCCUUGCGUACGCGCCAACCACGGUAUUUAUGAAACUCAGCUAAAGCGUGGUGCUUUGCUUAACUCUACGCCAACUCGGGACUUCCUGUAAGCUCUAUGCAAAGUCUGAAGACACGGGGGGGGAAAAAGCGAUACUCAGUAUGUCUCGGUCAAACCCACUGAUUAUCGACUCAUGUUAAGGGGAAAUCACAUUCAUGAGUCACUUUCCACGCUCCUUUUAUGGUGAGAUGGAGGUGUGAGGGGGCGCGGUCUGUCCUUUUAUGGUGAGGUGGAGGUGUGAGGGGGCGCGGUCUGUCCUUUUAUGGUGAGGUGGAGGUGUGAGGGGGCGCGGUCUGUCCUUUUAUGGUGAGGUGGAGGUGUGAGGGGGCGCGGUCUGUCCUUUUAUGGUGAGGUGGAGGUGUGAGGGGGUGCGGUCUGUCCCUUUUAUGGUGAGGUGGAGGUGUGGAGAGGGCGUGACGUGACGUGGGUUUACUUGCGCAAAUUCUAGUUGCAGGUGGGAUUUAUAAAGCAAAGAUUGCAGGUUUGGUGCGUGCGGUGGGUUU